AUGGCGCACACAGAGCCAUGGGAUUGUGAUGAUUCCCCUAGCCCACAGAUGCUAAGCAAUACACCUAUCGCCGGCAAGGCACGCAAAGUGCUUCUCUCAUUCGACCAGCUACCGAAAUGGCAUCAAGACAACGAAUUUAUUCUUCAUGGCUACCGCCCGAUUUCAAGUUCGGCUUGGACUUCAUUUCACAGCUGGCUAUAUAUUCACAAUGAAUUUGUUAAUAUAUAUUCUCAUCUAAUACCGGCACUUAUUUUUUUACUUGGCGAGUGGUAUAUUUUGCAGUACCUUAUAAGUAAAUACCCUAAAAUCACUAGCGUUGAUAUAUUUACCUUCAGCUUCUUUCUUUUAACUGCCAUUAUCUGCCUGGGCCUUUCAACAAUAUACCAUACUCUAAUAAACCAUUCUUCUAAGGUUGAGCAAUUAUGGUUGCAAUUUGACCUUGUGGGUAUAGUUAUUUUAAUACUAGGAGACUUUAUAUCAGGGAUAUAUAUGGUCUUCUGGUGUGAACCUUUAGAACGUAAGAUUUACUGGUCUAUGAUUGGAAUUCUUGGGGUUAUAACUAUUUUUAUUAUAGUAAAUCCCUAUUUCCAAGGUGAAAGAUUCCGUACUUUUCGAGCAUUUGUAUUUAUAGGGACAGGCUUAUCAGGCUUUGCACCUUUAAUACACGGAAUUAAAAUGUUUGGCUGGUUGCAAAUGGUAAAACAGUCUGGAUUGCUUUACUACUUAUUAGAAGGGGGAUUUCUUUUACUUGGGGCUUUAUUUUAUAUUACAAAAUUUCCCGAAAGUCGAUUUCCAGGCAAAUUUGAUAUAUACGGCUCCUCGCAUCAAAUCUUUCAUAUUCUAGUUGUCUUCGCAACUGUAGUUCAAUUAAUUGGGAUACUGGAAGCCUUUAACUAUAACUACAUUCAUCGAACAUGCUCAUCUCACUAA